AUGGGAUUUAUAGCAAAUAUACUCUGCUGUUCUUCAGAUACUUCCAAAACACAUCGUCAACGCCAGCAACCAGAAACUAAUCACAACCGCAACCGCAACCGCAAGCACAGUCAAAACCAAGCACAAAGUCAAAGCCGAAAGCAGAAGGCUACUCCAAACGGUGAUAAGAUGCAAUAUUCCACACCAGAAAUCCUUUUAUCUAGUUCUGAUUCAGGCAGCAAUGCGGGCUCCAAGGUAAAACAGGCUAAUGGAAAUAGCAGCAAUGGGAAGCUAGGGCCCUUAUCAAGAAACCACUCCAACGACUCGUACGAUGAGGAGAAAGAAUAUGAAGAUUACAAUGAAGGAGACGUGGAAAUGACGGAAGUUAACAAUGCCGGAGAAGAAGAAGAAGACGACGAAGCAAAAGAAAAGCAAGACCAUGUCGUCCAUGAAUACAAUGUUGACGCAGAUAGGAAUUCGAGUAUUACUGACGGGGGUCCACAACAGAGUCAGUAUCAGGUGGAUCAAGAAACUAUAAAUCCGCAAUAUGUGGCCAGCAGCCCUGAUAAUGACCUGAACUUGAUAGGCACUACAGACGAGGACUUCUCCGACCUGACGCAUUUGCAACCAGACCAGUACCAUGCGCCCGGCUACAACACCUUGCUACCACCCAAGUUGCAAGUAUUUCAACAGAAAAAAUGUCUGAUAUUGGAUCUGGACGAAACUCUGGUACACUCUUCUUUUAAAUAUAUGCAUACAGCUGAUUUUGUUUUGCCCGUAGAAAUUGACGAUCAAGUUCACAAUGUCUAUGUCAUUAAAAGGCCGGGUGUCGACGAGUUCUUAAACAGAGUGAGUCAACUAUACGAAGUUGUUGUUUUCACGGCAAGUGUUUCGAGGUAUGCAAACCCCCUUUUGGAUACUCUGGAUCCCAAUGGAUUCAUCCACCAUCGGUUAUUCAGAGAAGCUUGUUAUAACUACGAAGGCAACUACAUCAAGAACUUAUCGCAGAUCGGAAGACCAUUAUCCGAAACAAUCAUUCUAGAUAAUUCACCGGCCUCUUAUAUUUUCCAUCCGCAACAUGCUGUUCCAAUAUCUUCUUGGUUUUCAGAUACUCAUGAUAAUGAGUUACUGGAUAUUAUCCCACUUUUGGAAGACCUUUCAUUGGGAAACGUGUUGGAUGUGGGGAGCGUAUUGGAUGUAACGAUAUAG